GGCGGCGCGGGAUGAACGGGACGGGCCGGGCGUGCGGGCGAGACGGGGCAGAGCUGCCGGCCGGGGCUCGCCCGCUGGUCAGCGCGCUCAUGUUCUCGGCCGGGCUCCUGGGAAACCUCCUGGCUCUGGGGCUGCUCCUGCGCGGCCGCCGCUGGCACCGCCAGCGCCCGCCCGCGCUGUUCCACGUCCUGGUGCUGGCCCUGGUGGUCACCGACCUGCUGGGCACCUGCUCCGUCAGCCCCUUGGUGCUGGCUUCCUACCACCGCAACCUCACCCUCACCGCCCUGGCCCGCGGGGGGCACAUCUGCCUCUACUUCGGCUUCGCCAUGAGCUUCUUCGGCCUCGCCACCAUGCUCAUCCUCUUCACCAUGGCGCUGGAGCGCUGCCUGGCCCUGGGGCGGCCCUACUUCUACGAGCGCUUCCUGAGCCCCCGCACGGGGCUGGUGGCCCUGCCGGCCAUCUACACCUUCUCGGCCGCCUUCUGCUCGCUGCCGCUGCUGGGCUUCGGGCGCUACGUCCAGUACUGCCCCGGCACGUGGUGCUUCAUCCAGAUGCACCCCGAUCGCCGCCGGGGCGGCGGGGAGGCGGCGAGGCCCAACGUCGCCUUCUCGCUGCUCUACGCCACGCUGCUCCUCUUCCUCAUCCUGGCCGUGCUGCUCUGCAACCUGAGCGUGAUGGUGAACCUGGCCCGCAUGCACCGCCGCGGGCAGAGGACCCGCCGGGUCACCCCCACCGAGCAGCCCCGCGCCGCCGCCGGCUGCGGCCGCCGCAUCUUCUCCAUGGCCGAGGAGAUCGACCACCUGCUGCUGCUCUCCAUCAUGACCAUCAUCUUCGUCAUCUGCUCCCUGCCCUUCACGAUCCGCGCCUACUUGAACAGGUUCGGCGGGGAGGACUCCGACCACGGCUGGGACCUGCUGGCGCUGCGCUUCCUCUCCAUCAACUCCAUCGUGGAUCCCUGGGUCUUCGCCAUCCUGCGGCCGCCGGUGCUGCGCCUCAUGCGCUCGGCGCUGUGCUGCCAGCUGACCGCCGCCGCCGCCCCGGACGGCCGCGCCGCCUCCGGGGCCGUGGCAAAGCCGGACCUCUGCGGGCGGUAG